AUGGCCUCGCCAUACUCACCUGACUCGAUAGCGUUCAAGAAACUCAACUCCGUCGACCUUAUAGCUUUCAACUUGGCCACAGCAAUAUGGGGUAACGUUGGCGGCAUCUUCCCAAUCUUUUUGCGUUCAUCGAAUAUGGAAGGGCAUGUCGAUUUGUCCCCUUUACUUUCCGCUGUUUCUGCUAAACAUCUCGUUCCAGGGUCGGGGGAAUUGCUCUUGAUUCCCGUUCUAGCAGUACCUCCCAUUUUGUUUCCAGUAGAUCUACAGCAAUCUGGAACUAUUACCGGAAGGCAAGCUCCAUGA